UGUAACUUAAUUGGUUGUAGCAACAUCUGGUGCUAUUUUUGAAAGAGUGUAACUUCAGAAAAACAAGGUGAUGCUGUCAAGUUCACAUUUGAGGAAAGUAUCUACAAUCAAUUUACAUACAUAAAAUAUAUUUUCAUGACGCUCAUCCUCAUGGAAAAUAUCACUGAACAUUCAGAAUGAAUUUAACUGUUUUUCUUUUUCGAAACCAGGGUAAAUAGUAUGGAUAUUCAUCCACUUGAUUUUAAAUAAGUUUUCUAAAAUAUAAAAUGGCAGCAUAUGUAUCAAAAUAUGUCUCAGUGCUUUGUUUCAUAAAUUCCAUUUUGUUUGUAACUGUUCAAGAAUGUGGACCACCAAUUGAUUGUGUUGUAAGUGAGUGGAACCAUUGGAUCGGAUGUACACAUUCAUGUGGAGAGUAUGGUUCCCGAACUCGUACACGCGUUGUUUUUCAAAAGGCUGAAUGUGGAGGCACGUGUCCAUUUGAUAUAGAGGAAAAUGAAAAUUGUAACCGGAAGUGCUGCCCGGUUGAUUGCACCUAUACUAAAUGGUCGAGCUGGGAUUCGUGCUCGUGUACAGAAGAUGGCUGUGAUGGUGAAGGGGAAAGGUUCAAAUGUACCAGAAAGCGCAGAAAGCUUACAGACUCUGCAUGCGGAGGCUAUUGUGACGAGCAGACGACAAAUAUACAAUGUGGAUACCUUUGUUGUUAUCGUGAUUGUAUUCCCGGUUGGUGGACAGAUUGGAGCGAAUGUGAUGCUCCGUGUGGGCAAAUAGGUACCAAGAACCGCACGCGAGGAGUUAUUCAAGACGCUGCUUGCGGUGGGAAACCCUGCCAAAACAUGAAGGAGACUGUCACGUGCAUGGGCAAAUGUUGUCCUGUUCAUUGCGUGCUCGGGGAUUGGAGUGAAUGGAGUAGUUGUGAAAGCACGUGUGGAGAAGCCUUGCAAGUCCGAACAAGACACGUGCAGCUACCAGUAUGUGGUGGGGAACCAUGUACGGAGGAACCUGUUGAACAAGAAACUAGAACAUGCACGAAUUAUUUCAAUGUGGAUUGCGAGGCACGUGAAAGGCCGCCAAAUUCGUCGACACCUCCAAAGAUGAAGGUACUUACCAAGAGACUUAACCCAAGCUUCUGUACUUGCACGACUGUAAGCUUCGGUACCGAAUGGAAAGAGUGGUUGUCUGGUCAAAUAAAGAUGCGAAAGGAGAUAAAUGUAGCGAAAUGA